UCCUUUCUGGCCGCGGGCUUCUCCCUCCCGCGCCUGGCGAGCGACCCGGCGGCGGCCCCCUCCCCUCCCUCCCUCCCUCCCAUCCCCCGGGACCCGCCGGACCCUGAGCCCAGGGUGACGUUCCCUGGCUCCCCUCCCCACCCCAGCAUCAUGCAUCGGACCACACGGAUCAAAAUCACGGAGCUGAACCCUCACCUCAUGUGUGCCCUCUGUGGGGGCUACUUCAUCGAUGCCACCACCAUCGUGGAGUGCCUGCAUUCCUUCUGCAAAACCUGCAUCGUGCGCUACCUGGAGACAAACAAGUACUGCCCGAUGUGUGACGUGCAGGUCCACAAAACCCGACCGCUGCUGAUGCCCAGCAAGUACAAGGUGGAGGUACUGUACGAUGACGAGCCCCUGAAGGAGUACUACACACUCAUGGACAUCGCUUAUAUCUACCCCUGGAGGCGGAAUGGCCCCCUGCCCCUCAAGUACCGUGUCCAGCCGGCCUGCAAGCGGCUCACGUUGCCCACGGUGCCCACCCCCUCUGAGGGUACCAAC